AUGUCGAAGAUAUCUAAGGUCAACCAUGCGGCGGGUAUCUUCGCUGACAUCUCCGUCGAUGGUCCCAUUAUCGGUACCUUGGUCGCUAUCAUCGACCGAGCCAAAAAUCUACCCAACCGGAAGACUAUGGGCAAGCAGAAUCCCUACGCUGCAGCACGAUUGGGCAAGGAAGCAAAGAAGACACAAACAGACUUACGAGGAGGACAAACUCCCCGAUGGGACUCGGAACUUCGAUUUACCGUAUAUGAAUCCCCUGACUACUUCAAGUUAAAGGUCUCCGUGUUCAAUGACGAUAAGAAGACAGACCUGAUCGGCGAGACCUGGGUCGAUUUACAAAAUUUGAUCAUUCCAGGUGGAAGUCAGAAUGACCACUGGCACUCACUUCAAUACCGUGGGAAAUAUGCAGGAGAUAUCCGAAUCGAAAUGACCUACUACGACACUAGACAGCAAGACGAGGUCCUGAUUGAACGUCGAAAAGAAGCCGCUGAGCGAAUCCAAGGCAAAGUCCCUAGUACUCCAAGCAGUACGGGCUUGUCUGGUCCCCGGCAAUUGAAAGAUGUCAAGCGACGACCCUUGCCCGGUGGUGCUGCAGGAGCCCCGGCAAGACCAGCUCACCUAGAACAAGCUCACUCUGCGCCUCCGCUUCACCAGCCGGUCCCGUCGAGACCCGCCAUGCUUGAGCAUUCAAACACUAUACCUGUUGCCGCAGACGCCGUCAGCUACGCCCCAAGACAUACUGAGCCUGCUUAUGAUGCAUCGUCUUAUCGUGCACCUUCUCCUGUCCCGCCUCCCUCCCGGGGUGGAUAUGAUGGUGCUGAUAACUACACUCAAGAAUGGAACAACCAAGCUGUUGCUCCUCUCCGCCGACAAAUCACUCAUGAACUGCCUCAUACUUCCAAUGAAGUUAUUGAACCCCCAUAUGAUUCGCGUAUACUACAGCAGCAGCAGUUACAACAGCAACAAGAACAGCAGCAACAACUGCAACUGCAACAACAGUUACAGCAGCAGCAAGAACAGCAACAACAACUGCAACUGCAACAACAGUUACAGAAGCAACAAGAACAACAGCAGCAACUGCAAUUGCAACAACAGUUACAGAAGCAGCAAGAACAGCAACAACAACAACUGCAACUGCAACAACAGUUGCAGCAGCAACAAGAACAGCAACAACAACAACUGCAGCUACAGCGACAGUUACAACUGCAACAAGAACAGCAACUGCAACAACUCCAACUUGAACAGCAACAAGGUCAACAGCAACCACGGAAUCAUGCCGAGUAUGAUCAGCCGCCUUCGAGAGACUACCGCCUCGUCAGGCAAGACCAGUACCAGGCAGAUCCCCAUGAGGAAAUGCAAUACCAUUCCACGCAUCAAGAUCCCUACGCCCAAAUACAGCAGCCUCGAUACCAUCCCGACCCUAUGUCAUAUGGGGCACCGCAUGCACACGAGUUGCCAGCUUCAGACUUUCUCCCCUCCGAUGACCCGAGGUACCAUCCACACAUGGUUCGACCUCUACAAAUCACUGCCCGUGGUCACGAUUACCACCCAGAAUACGCCGGAAUGCAACCACGGGUAGAAGAUGAAGAUGAUGACGGGCCUCCUCCUCCUCCGCCGGCUCACCGAUCACGAAGAGCGCACUCUCAGCAGCCAACCCCGAAUACUUCUCCCCGCCCCUAUGCACCAUACACGCCCCAAUCUAGUUCCCGGUCCUCAGUCCAACAUCUGCCACUGACGUCUACCUCGACCCGCCACGAUCGCCAUCAGGAGCCUUCUUCAGUGGGGAACUCCCCGGCCAUGCCCGCAAGUCUCGUUGCAGGUUAUGAAACUGAAAAUCCAUCUGAGAGAACAGCACUUGAACUAUCAGUCCGCAAACGAAGCACCCACUGGGAUGAUGAGAUGAUGAUCUCCCAGCCGCCUCCACCAGUUUCUGUUCCUGUGUCAGCACCCAUUCACUACGAUGCUCCUGUUUACCCUCUGCGAACAUCCCCCCGGCAAAUUGAACAAAGACCCACUUCUAGCAGAGGUGGAUCUGUCAGUCCUGAUAUGCGGGCCGUGGUCCGGAAGUCAGUCAGCCCACGGCCCUCUUCUUCAGACGUCCGUAGUGGUUCUUCAAUCCCUUUCUCUCCGGACUCCUACAUGUCUUUGAACCCGAAUGUUUCUCAACCCCCCGGCCGAGAUCCUUCUCCAGCAUACGACUCGCCUGCGCAAGCUAGAGAUGCAGUGAUACGCGGAAAGACUGAACCUCGUCGAGACAUGGAUCACCCAAUCAUCGGGGAUGAUGGUCGUGAGAUUGAUCCUUCUGACCAUCUUCCCACCGAUACAUGGGCUCCCGAGCCAGACAGGAAGAGCCGCAAGCCCGAGGUUAUCAUCCGCUUCAAACACUCGGCCCGGCCAACUUCUAGAGGCAACGACUCUCCCUCAUCACGCAGCACAGGCCCGCCACGCGUCGGAUUCAGAACAGAGACGAUUACGUAUCCGUCGGAUCGCCCAGUCAGUUACACACCCACCCAUGUGCACGUGAGUCCAGGGUCAAUGGUUCGAACUUCACCACGGACGGACUACACGCAUGAACGCUCUAACAGCCACGUGCAAAGUCGGGGCUACGGCACACCCACUUCGGUUGAGCGGCCACGCUCUUCCCGAGGCUCUGUUUCGCCAUCGCCGGGGUCUCGUACGCCACUGUAUGACUACAGCCCAGGCCCCCCAAUUCCAAGCAAGGUACCAAUCACCGCAGGAAGCCCAGGCUACCCGGUCAUGUCUGGCAAUCCAAAUGGAAACAUUCGCAUGGAUGCAUUGAGUCGAGAGCUGAGUACAAUUGACAUCGGCUCUGCAGCAUGCAGCCCUGGCCGGGGGGCCGUUCGAAAGUACAUACCAAGACAACCGGCGACGAUUGGCUACGCUAGGUAA